AACCUGCUUUGUUAGGGGUUGUGAAGUCUCGCUUCAGAGCGACCGCCCCGAUUCUCCUUUGCUUGAUGAAUUAUUACUUUGUGAUCAGUCCGGCUUGCACACGAACAAAGGGGGUAUGAUGGAUGUUGGAGAAAGCCUGGAGAGCUGCUCGUUCCAGUUAGAUGAGAGCAGGUGGAGUGAGGACGCCACAGUCAGAAACAGGACAUUUUUUUGGCGUUUUCAAACAUGACAACUCCAAUCACUGCUCUCUCUUUAUAGCUUGUUACAGGUGCUGAACGCAGCCUGAGAAGCAGAUGGAAGUGAUUUGACUUCUCUGACAGAUGAAAAAUGAACCUGUGGGCUAAUAAACCCUGAUCAGUUGCCUAUUUUAAUCUGCCCCUCACUGUAGCCAGUUAUUCUGAUCACCCUCUUAUAGCACACCCCACCAACUGAGUAUGGACCAGACCAUACCAACUCCAGCAUGAUGAGAGGGGGCUCUGCUGCUGCAUCAAGGCAGCUCUUGUGACAUGAUCCUCUCUACCCGAUCAAAUAAGCACUCAUUCCCUGAAAGUGACACUUCUGUGGCGAUACAAACACUCUGCUCGGCUUCUUUUUUUUUUUUUCUCUCUUUCAGCAUCAUCGUGUGUGGGGGGUUUCUGAGCCACGUCUCCCUCCUUGUGCUUCUCCCACCAUUGGGCCAGCCAGCAGAGCGUGCUGAACAAAGCCACGAGAAAGGAGAGGGAGAGAAAGAGAGUGAGGGGAGCUUCUGGGGAAGAAAUGUCUCUCGCUGACUCUGUCGCCUCGACAACCGGAUAUUGGCGUAUGGAGCAGAUGAAGCUGCAGAGGUCAAGUUCAGCUUUAUAAAAGUGGACCGGGCAGGCCUGAACGCUCCACCUGUGAUUCCUGUGUGAUCAGCCUCAGGUGCCAGCAUGGAUGUGGAGGACGAGGCGCUGCUGUUUCGCACCAGCUGGGGUGACGAUGAGGAGGAAGAGGAGGAGGAGGAGGAGGACGGGGUGGCGCACGCUGCGGGGCACGGCUGCUUGUCGGGGACUGCAGGGGUCUGUGGGCUGUGGAGGGGGGUGGGGUGGGUCUACACACAACCUUGGGCCAGCGGGGUGGUCCUAGGGGUGGCAUUCCUCAUGCCCUGUUCCCUAUUUGCCUAUAUGCUGCUCUACUGCCCUCCUCUGGACAUAGACCUCUCCUACAGUGCCUUCGAGGUUCACAGCCACUUUUCAGCUGAACGCUUUGACGCUCUCACCAUUGCUGUGAAGACACAGCUGGGGUCCUGGGACAGGCGCAGGCGGGACGUCGAUGACACGGAGUCUGGGGACCUCAAAGAGCUUCUCCUGGAGAAGCUGGCGGAGAGGGGAGUUUUUGACUGGACAGAGGGGAAGAAAGUGAAGUCCUCCUUUCAAACAGGCAUCACUUUAAAACCAGAAGAAGCCAGAGAAACGAGAACUGAGCCCGACCCGAGUCAGGAGGGGCUGAGGAGGAGAGACAAGAGUCCUGGAGGUGAAGAGGAGCAGGGAUUAUGGGACAGGAACUCCUCCCUUCCGCUCAUCAGGAAGCGCAGAUUUGCUCCUAAUUACUACAUGCAGAGCCAGGCUCUGUGGAGGAUCGAGCUGGUGUUUGUGGCUCAGGGGGAAGGGGAGCGCAACAUCUUCACUCCGGAGCGCCUGGAGACGAUCCACCAUGUGGAACGUCUCCUCAUGCAGCAUCCGCAGUUUCAUCAGUUCUGCUGGAAACCCAUGGAGAUUUUAAGGGAUCUGCCUCUGGGGCCGUCCUACUGCUCCCCACCCAGCUCUCUUCUGUCUUACCUUUACCCCAGUGAGAGAGCGGGGAAGAUAUACUACGAUGGCAUGGGCCCAGAUCUGGCUGAUAUUCAAGGCUCCUUAAGUCUGGCCAUCACCCACCCUCAGUUCUACUGGUACGUGGAUGAAAGUCUGUCCCCGGAGCGUCUCUCCUCGGCUCUCCUGCGCAGUGAGAUCCACUUCGGGGCUCCCCUGCCGUCUUACUACUCCCUGCAGGACCGAGCAGACGAGCAGAGAGCUCGCUUCAAAAACUUUGUGGUUCAGUAUGCAGGCAUGCUGGCCAAGCAGUCCACCAGUGAGGUGAAGGUGCUGUAUGGAGGGACGGAGCUGUUUGAUGAUGAAGUGAGACACACCUUUUACAACGAUAUGAUGUUGGCCGUCAUCAGCGGAGUCUGCAUCACUGUGCUCGUCUACGUCCUCACCUCUUUUUCUGUCUUUCUGACGUUCUUUGGACUCGCCGCCAUUGGGCUGAGCUGCUUGACGGCUCUGUUUUUGUACCACGUUGUCUUCGGGGUGAGGUACCUCGGCAUUCUCAACGGAGUCGCAGCAUUUGUUAUCAUUGGGAUUGGGGUGGACGAUGUGUUUGUGUUCAUCAGCACCUUCAGACAGGCCUCCCAUCUCCGUCGGCCCCGGGAGCGAAUGAUCUACACAAUAAAGACGGCCGGCCGGGCGACGUUCCUCACAUCCUUCACGACCGCGGCCGCCUACGCCGCCAACACCUUCUCUCAGAUCCCAGCCGUGCAUGACUUUGGCCUGUUCAUGGCCCUCAUUGUCAGCUGCGCCUGGCUUUGGGUGUCUGUCCUGAUGCCAGCAGCCCUGUGCAUCUGGACCCGGCAUGUGGAGCCUCACGAACACGACUGGAUGAACUGCGUGAAGCUGCUUUUGGGCUUGUCAGCGAGCUACAGCCCUCUGUCAGACGAGGAUGAUGAUGUGGCACUUCUGUCUGUGGACAUGGAGCCAGGCUCCUGUGACACAGACAGCGACGGAGCCAUUAUUUCCCUGACGGUGGAUGUGCCAUUAUCCCCCGCAGGACAGCAUCAGAUGGGUGUGGUGAGCACAAACCUCCAGUGGUGCCUGAAGCACUUAGUGGCUGAACCGGCCGUGAAGCACCGAAAAGCGGUUUUAGGUGUCUUUCUCCUGGUUCUGCUCUUCUCUGCGGGCUGCUGCUGCCUCCUGAGGCCGGCCACCCACGCCCCCCUCCUGUUCCGACAGGAAACGAACCUUCAGACGCUGCUGGCUCUGCGCAGCAACCUGAGUGGUCAGGGCAUCUCCUGCCCCACCUGCUCAGGGGUGUUCAUGGAAAAACCACAUCUGCUGUACACGCAUACUUCCCUGUCAGGGUUGAGGUUUUCCACGCAUCAGCAAAGUCAAAGCACAACAGCUUCGACCGUCUCCAUGAAAACAAGCCCAAGCACCAACAACACAGACUCCUUGCUGACUGUUUACAUGUCGAAGCUGGCCCAAGGAGGCUCCACGACAAUCUACAGGUUCUCGCUCAACACCAGCAUCCCGUCGCCGUGGAAAGUGUGCAGCACGGAGCGUGACGAGGUGUCGUCGUUCCAGGCUUUCAGUCAUCCCCAGAAAAACUACACCAGCAGAAUGACGGUGUGCGUUUCACGAGAGUAUCGCCCGUACCCGAGCUGGAUGAUCACGUCCGGCUUGUGCGAUCUCCGCCACGGCUGGACCCAAGAGUUUUCCUUCUACGUCGCAGCAUCUCCGCAGCAGAAUAGCAGGAGGCUGUAUUUUGCUCAGUGCCAUCAGAGACCUCAUCCCAGCAGGCUGUGUGUCAAAACACCUGGCUGUGGCUUCAGUUCCGGGCCUGACGGACCCUUAAAGGGAUCUUUUUAUACUCCCCUCCCCAGCGAUUCCUCAUCCGCCUCCAAGACGAAAGCAUCCAAGACGUCUGGCUUCAACCCGUGCAGCGGCGGCGCUUGUGGUCGCCCAGCUGUGCGUCCUCUGGUCGACACCGGGGCCAUGGUUUUCGUCGUGUUCGGCAUCCUGGGAGUCAAUCGAAGCGAGAACAAGGAAAACCAUGUAAUCGGAGACAUGGGCAGCGUUAUCCUGGAUCCAGACUUUGAUAUUUUCAAGGAGAUGGGCCAUCUUUGCAAAAUCUGCAAAGCUGUUGGUGCAAACAGAAAACUGGUGAAGCCUGGAGGAGCUCAGUGUUUGCCUUCGGGCAACAAGCUCUCCUCCGUUCUUCCUCUGCUCCAUCCUGAGUGCCACUCCCUCCCCGAGCCCAAUCUCCUCCCGGGCCAGCUCUCCCACGGCGCAGUGGGAAUGCACGGCGGCAAGGUCCGCUGGUUGUCCAUGGCCUUUGAAUCUACCACAUACAAGGGGAAAUCGUCCUUUCAGACCUACUCAGACUUCCUCCAGUGGGAGAACUUCAUCCAGGAGCAGCUUGCCAGCCUCCCACAGACUUCGGCUCUCCAACGUGGUUUCCAGACAUGCGAGCACUGGAAGCAGAUCUUCAUGGAAAUCAUAGGUGUGGAGAGUGCCCUCUGGAGUCUCCUGCUCUCUCUAGCGAUCUGUGUGGCCGCCGUGUCGGUGUUUACAGCGCAUCCCCUGCUGCUGCUGCCAGUGCUCAUAACAAUUAUAGGAGUGAUCUGUCUGGUUGUGGCUGUCAUGUAUUGGCUGGGUUGGGAGAUGGGAGCAGUGGAAGCGAUUUCUCUGUCGAUACUUGUCGGAUCUUCAGUGGAUUACUGUCUGCACCUGGUGGAGGGUUACCUGCUGGCUGGCGAGACGGCUUCCCUACUGCCUGGACACAACUCUGAGCCUUCAGCCGAGAGGCAGAGGCGAACUUUGGAGGCAGUGAACCAUGUGGGCGUUGCCAUAGUGUCCAGCGCCGUCACCACGGCAAUCUCCACCGUCCCUCUUUUCUUCUGCGUCAUUGUGCCUUUCGCCAAGUUCGGUCAGAUCGUGGCCAUCAACACGGCCGUCUCCAUUUUGUUCACCUUGUCUGUGACUUCUGCCUUGCUGGCCUGCAUGGCCCCGGCCCGCUUCAGCAGACACCCCGGCGCUGUGCUGAAGGCCAGCCUGGCCGUGACGGCAGCGGCGGCCUUGGUGGGGGCUCUGUGCUGGACGGGCCAGCAGCUGGGGGCAUCGGCCUGGCGGUCCCUCAGCGCGUGAACACGCCGCUGUCCUCGGCUCACACUGAUGUCAGACGAGAGCAAUGUAUUUUCCUUUACCUUCAGGAGAAAUAUCAGAUCAGUUAAGUGAUCUUUAAAGCACAAAGAUGUCAACACUGUCUCAGUAAUCGAAAGCUAUUUGUUAUCUAUGAACAGAUUUAUUUUGCUUGUAAUAGUUGGUGACUUUGACAUACGGGGGAACAAUCCUUCAGCCGCUGAGUAUCUUCUUGUAACUACGUGACUCAGUUCUGUUCUGCCUGUGAGUUGACAUGAUGACUAGGUUAAGAUGCUGUGCUUUUUUUUUACUUUUACAACCACAUAUUUCAGUGUAAAUUAGUGGGAUUUUAUAUUACUGACCAACACAAAGUCGCACAUAAUUGUACCGUGGAAGAAAAACUGCACAUGCUUUGCAAAUCUAAACCUGGUUAUGUCUCGUUCAGGUUAGAUGGAGAAGUAAAACAAAAAUUAUCUGAAAAUUACACACCGGUGAACUCUUAGUAAUUUGGCUGCUCUGUAUUCUGCUUAGAAGUGUUAAACAAAAUUAUGCUGACCCGCCCUUUGUAGGCCACACUAUUCAGGUUUGCAUUUAUAAAAAUAUUGAAAAACCACAUACCCACCUUCAAAAUCAUCUACUGCUUUGUAUUAAUCUACUACAUAAAAUCCCAAUAAAGCACACUGGAGUGGUUUGUGUUUGUAACAAAGUGCGGGGAAGUUUUAAGAGGUUGGAUUAUUUUUGCAAGACACGCCGUUUUGUUCCGUUUUAUCUUCAGCUUUGAGUAAUUCCUGGAAAAUGUUCUUGCUUCACGUCGUCGAGUCGUAAACAGUUACUGACGGGUUUAACAACGCGGCGUCUGACUGUAGUGCUGGCGGUUUACAGGACUUUAUGGUGAAACCUCCUGAUUUUUGUUUGAUGCCGCGUCUUCUCUCUGAAAGCUUUUACUACGUCCAUCUGCAGCUGGACGAACAGAUGUAUUAACAGAGUUUAUACUGUUUGGUUAAAUGUGUUGUGUGAUGUAAAUGUUGUUCUGAACUGAGCUUUUGGAAGCUGCCAGCACACCCGUGCUUGUGAAUACUGUUGCGUUAUUUUUAUGUGAUCAGAUCUUUAACUGCUUUAAGAUUUUUGUAACAAAAAAGAAAAACAACAAAUGAAAAGAAUCCUCUCUUCCCGUCCUCAGGUGUACACUCCAUCACAUUUUAAAAGCACUUGGUGUAACAGUCUCCUGUCCUCGCAGCAAAGAGCACCACUCGAACACCAAUCAGCUGCAGCAACGCGCUGCCCUGCAGUGAAGGUGAGGACCAUUUGUCAAACCAUAUAACACAAUAACAGCGAGGGAGAGGAACCCACUCAGUCAUGGCAAGAGUGGUACGUUUCUGGGUUUUCUUUUUGUGUGUGUGUUACACUUGUGAAUGUCAAAUAAAGCAGGUGCAGAAAGCCAUUUGUCUUCUCAUUAGUGAAAGGUCAGUGCUGCGUCCUUCUGCUUAGUUGUAUAAUGGAGGAGGAUGGAGGCGUCGCUGAUUGCUUACUUACAUACUUACGGUGGGAGCUCCAGCAUCACAUCGCUAGGCUAUUAAUCAUCCAUACGAAACGACUCAGACUCCGUAAGCAGGAGAGCGUUUUAUUCUUAUGCUGAAAAGUAAAAGGAGAAUGAUGUUUUGGUGUCACUCUGUCAUGUAGUUCAUGAUUGAUAGUCGGCAAGGCCUUGGUGUAUUGUUAUAAAAUGAAAUGUGUCGCAGCAUAAAAAGAGACACGGGUUAUCGGAACGUCAGUGGAGGUAUUUGUAUAACUCUGAAAUUUCUUUUUUUGCUACAUAAUUUAAGAAGAGAUCAUUUUCUGCACUACGUGGAGCUGGUAUCGUGUCACAGAAAGACCUGUAAUAAGAUGGUUUUACACCUGAGAAACAGUUUUUCUUUGUUGAAAUAUGGCCUAUUGAGGUAAAAUUCACACCAGAUGUCCACAAUAACCCAAGUAAUCCUCACAUACCAAACAAUACGUGCAAAUUAGUCAACAAAUGAAGUUGGAGGUAAAAAGUUAAAAUGUCGCAGGGAAUAAGUACCGAACGCAUUGUGAGAAGGGUUAGCUCAAAAAGGCACAGAAAGCAGCUAAAGUGUGUUUAGACAGCACUCCAGCUGGCAUGUGCAAAUGAAAAUCAGCAUGCUUAACUGUGUCACGGUGGUGCGAUUGAUAAAAGCAAAAAGACUGAUAAAAAGGAUUAAAGUUGCUGAACACACUAAUGGAAAGUUAUUACAGCUGUAUUUCUAAACUUCUGAAUGUUACCGUAAGCCCCAUUGGAGCUACAGUCAAAGUGGAAAGAAAAUGAUUUUACCAUAAACCGACCGCACCAAGGUGUCCUCAAGAUUUCUGACAGAGGAGUGAAGAUAAGAGUUGUCCUAAAGCUUUGGAGCAACAAAAGACUUGAAAAUAGCAGGUGCAGUUAUUCACAUAAAAACAAUACAAUACGUAAUGCUCUCAAUGACUCAUCUGCACACUUGCUGCACAAUGCUCCACUUAUGAAGAACAAGAAGGUUUAAGCCCGUUUAAAGUGGUGUUGCAAAUUAUUUGGACCAGUCAGUAAAAACUGCGAGAGUACAGCCUGGUCAGAAGAGGGCAAAUUUAAAAACAAUGUCCUUUGAGGAAGAAUAGUUCGGAGUUGGUUAGGAUCCAUAUGGAGUUAAAAGUUUGAAGGUGUAUACAAAGUGAGUGAAGUGUGCCACCAAAAAGUCAAAUAAUUAUUCAGAGGUGAUUGAAUCUGAAUCGGUGGCUGACCGAGCCUCGGAACAAUGUAGCAUGAGAUUAAAUAACACAACUUCAUUAUUUGGUCCUUCAUAUGAAAUUUAUAUAAACACUGUAACAGUAGCUUCCAAGUGAGGUGUAAAUUUCAUUAAUUUGUGAAAAUCAGGUUUUCACAUAUAAUUGAAAUGAUUACUUCUGCACUCAAGUGAUCAAAUAAUUGUCGAAAUCUUAAAAUAAAAGUUCACCCCGUCUUUCAGACCCACCCUAAGCAUUUGACUGUGAAGUCGAUCUUCAUCGGUGAAGACUGAGCUUCUGCAUAGAUUAGCAUGCGACUGAAUUUUCAGGUCGUUGCCAUGACUUGUAUCGAAUUUGGAGAAAUUUUGUUGAAGUAAGACCUACGUAAAAACAACUUAAAAUCGUAACAGGGAGACGAAAUAUUUUGGAUCACAAAUGAUGGUUUUGAUCUUCAUUAAAAUCCAAGGCAGAUGCAUGAUAGUGUGACAGUACUUUUCUCAUUUCUGUGAAGUGACACCCUCUGUCUAAAAAUGUCAAAUACUAAAUGAUACAAGAGAUAUUAAUACUUCAGAGUCGUCGUGUGUGUUUGUUGAGGGUUAGGUUCUCAUUUAACUUCUGUUACCUUCUCGCACAUCUCUGACUGAAUACUUUCACAGCAAUUCAGAUUGAACCAGCUUUAGACAAAGCUGGUUCAAUCUUUGUCUAAAUUGGUCCAAACUAUUCCUGUGGAAAAAAAGCGGGUCAGACAGAAAAAAGAACAGCAGUGCGUUCUUUAAACAUGGAGCCGAACGACAAACAGAGAAAGUUAGUGAGCAACAACAUAGAUUAAACAAAACACAAGUGGCUAUACAUUAGAAGGCUUUUAUAGGAUCCUUUCCACCUUUACAUUAUAUGUGUAACAAUAAAUACCCCGGCUCAUUUGGUCAUCAAGAAAUGUUUCAUUGUACCAAAGAAAAGGCAAGUUGCUCUCUCGAGAGAAUGUACUUUACAUCAGAACUGCAAAACAGUUAUACUGAAACAUAAAGUCAUAUCUUUAUUUCACCCCAUGUUACAGGGCACACACAAUGUUCAAGUAUGCCUGAGGAACUAGAUGGAGCAAUUAAAAAAGAAAAGAAGAGAUAAAAUGCAUUUAAAAAUAAGUGAACUGGCAUUGCAUUUCACAAAGUUUUAGAAGCUCAUGAUUUUGGAACAAUUCACUGUAAAGUGCUAACUGGUUCGAGCUGAAAAAAAGCACAUGUUCCCUUAGGAAAAAAAAA